AAAAUGAAAAACAAACAAAAUUAAAUCAAAGCAUUAAGAUAUUGGAAAAUAUUAAGAUUUCAAUUACUAAAACACGUAUUCCAUCUGAUUUAGAACCAGAUAAUACAAUCUACAAAAAAAUUGAACAUAAAGAUUCAUGUUUAAAACGAUUAGAACAUCUUUUGAUAUUUGUUAAAUUAAACAAGGAAAUUGAAAACCUAAAAGAAUACGAGAUUCCUGAUUAUAAAAAUCACGAAAGAUUAAAAUCAAACUUUCCAAAUGAUCUUAAACAGGAAUUAAAAGAAUCUCAUCAAAAGAGACUUGAUUUCUUAAAAUAUCUAAAUGAAAUCCAAUUAAAUAACGAAUGGACAAGAGAAAUUAAGAAAAAAUUUGAAAAUUACAAGAAUAAAUUUAAUAACUUGUAUGAAAACGAUUCUAAAAUCUUAACAGACUUGAUCAACAAAGAAUUGAAAUUAAUUGAUCAUUACAUGUUGUAUGUUGAACGAAUUAACAGAAUCUUUACCUUGGAAGAAUUGAAUAAAAUAAGAACAAAUGAAAUCGGAUCAGAUACGAUUUUAACCCCGAAUCAAAAAUUAGCUUUUUAUGAUAAAGAAAUACCUAGAAGAAUCAGUGAAAUUAUUGAUAUUAUUUACAAUAAAGUUUUAAAUGAAAUCAACAACAUUAAGAAUCUUGAAGAUUUUAUCAUUGAUUCGUACGGUCAUGGUAAAUUGACUGAAAAUGUUUUAGCUUUGGGUAAAAAUGAACAUUUGUUAAAAGAUAAAAAAAUAUCUUUAGACAAAAUUGUUAAUACAUUUUUAGAUAAUUCAAUCAUCGUUUUAAACAAAUUUUACAGUAAAACUAAUCAACAACUUCAAAUUAAUUCAUUAAAAGACGAACAAACAAGCAUCGAUGCAAAAACGCGUGAUGGAAAAUUUUACCUAAGAAAUUUUGAGAUCCAUUUGAAUUUUGUUAAAUUUAAAUUAAAUGAUGAAAAAACUUUUGAUAGAACAUCAUCAUUUCACACUCAAGAAAUGAAAGAAUAUAUUAAUAAAAUCAUAUCCAUACAUGAAGAAAACAGUAUCGUGUAUUACCAAGUUAUUAUAAAUAGAAUGAAUGCUUCUACAAAUAAAGAAGAUUUUAAAGAUUGGGGAAAAAAAAAUUACAAAAUGUCUAAUCCUGUUGUUCCGCCUGUUGUUCCAGACGAAGAUGAUAGACUUCCAGGCAAAGCUGAUACUUUUGAUACAAUUAUGGAUGAUUUUUGGGGUUUGAUUAAUGGACGUAAAUUUCAACAAGAAACCGAUACUCACACUCUCGAUCUUGUUAAAGAAAUAUGGGAAUUGUAUAAAAUUAAAGAUCCCAUGCCUAACAACUUACCUGAUUCAAUAGAAAGAUUGAAAGUCCACGCCCAACAAACAAUUCCCUUUCCUCUUACAGGAGAAAAUAGAUCUUUACUUAAAGAAAAUAUUGAAUGGAUCAAGAAAGUGACAGCAGCAUAA